AUGCUGCCCGCGCAGUUCCCGCCCGGACCCUGCUCAGCGGCGCACCGCGCACAGUCCGGGCCGGCAACAUGGCGCCGGGGCGGCGCGAGGCGCUACCUGCAGCAGCCCCUCGGCGCCCAGCGCAGCGACAGCGACCCCCUGGAGGAGUACACGUGCCUGUGGCAGGAGUGCGGCUUCUGCUCGCCAGAGAACUCGGCCGACCUGAUCCGCCACGUCUACUUCCACUGCUACCACGCCAAGCUCAAGCAGUGGGGGCUGCAGGCCCUGCAGAGCCAGCCGGACUUGAGCCACUGCCAGCUGGAUUUCCAGAGCCGCAACAUCGUGCCGGAGAUCCAGGAAAACUUCCAGUGUCUGUGGGAGUAUUGCGAGCGGUCGUUCGAUAACCCGGAGUGGUUCUACCGGCACGUGGAGGAUCACAGCUUCUGCUUGGACUACAAGGUGGCCGGGAAGGAGAACCACGUGGUGGCGUGUGGCUGGAAAGACUGUGACUGCACUUUCAAGGGGCGCUGCAAGCUGCGGGAGCACCUGCGCAGCCACACGCAGGAAAAGGUGGUGGCCUGCCCAACCUGUGGGGGGAUGUUUGCCAACAACACCAAAUUCUUUGACCACAUCCGCCGGCAGACUACCCUGGACCAGCAGAGGUUUCAGUGCUCUCAUUGCUCCAAGAGGUUUGCCACUGAACGGCUGCUUCGUGAUCACAUGAGGCACCACGUGAACCAUUACAAGUGCCCUCUCUGCGAUAUGACCUGCCCACUGCCCUCCUCCCUGCGCAACCACAUGCGCUUCCGCCACAGCGAAGAACGUCCCUUCAAGUGUGACAACUGUGACUACAGCUGCAAGAAUUUAAUUGGUCUGAGGAAACACCUGGACACACACAGCAAAGAGCCGGCCUAUCGCUGCGAGUUCGAGGGCUGCAGCUUCUCCGCCCGCUCCCUGUGCUCCAUCAAACUGCACUACCGCAAGGUCCAUGAGGGUGACUCAGAGCCCCGGUAUAAGUGCCACGUCUGUGACAAGUGCUUCACACGGGGCAACAACCUCACCGUACACCUCCGGAAAAAGCAUCAGUUCAAGUGGCCCUCAGGCCACCCUCGCUUCAGGUACAAGGAGCAUGAGGAUGGCUACAUGCGGUUACAGCUGGUGCGUUACGAGAGCGUGGAGCUGACUGAGCAGCUGUUGAAAGAGCAGGAGAAGCAGGGCGAGGCACUGGAUGGCACCGGCGAGCGCAUGGUCCUGCCUGAGGACGAGAGCAACCUGCAGGUCAUCAUCGUGGAACCACCUGCGGAGGCUUCCCUGGAAGAAGCCAACAAUGUGGCCACACCACUGCCCCUGCUGUAUGCUGUGGCCUGCCCUGGGACAGCACAGCCAGGGGCCUUGCUGAAGCAAGAGCCCAGCACCCCAUCCGACACUAUUAUCCAUGUCAUGAACCAGACCAAUGAGCAUGGGGAGAGUGAAACAGUGUUCUACGUCAUGGCCAGCACGUACCCUGAGGAGUGGGCAGCUGCACCCGGUGGCCUCACCGAGGAGCCGGAGGAGAAUGUCAUGGACCGGCUGCAGAAGACAGCAGAGGAACUGGGCAUACAGAUAGUGUGAGGUCCCUUCCCUGUGCUUGGCUUCGGGGAUCCCCUGGGGACCCUGCCACCUCAGGUGGGGCUGGCCUAGAUUUGAGCCUGUGGGAUCACCAGGUUGGGACCCUCAGAUGUUGUCCAAACUCUGCUUAACACCAGAGCUGAGGGUGACGGCACUGCCUAUGGGAGUCUCAGAACCUGCUUUCCUCCUGGGAGUUGUGGCCAGAUCCCUUUGCUGUGCUGUCGAGCUGCAGAGGCGAGCUGGUAUAGGGGGAGGGUGGGCGGGUAAGCGCAUGGGGUUGGGGGAGGAUUGUCCUGUCUCCAGUAGGAGAAGGUGGCAGUGUCUGAGGGUUGCCGUGAUGGGAAGUGGCUUACAGCUCGAGGGAGGGAAGAGGGCACCAAAGCCUCGGUGACAGCAAUACCAUCCAUCCUGCCCGGGAGGUUUGGUUCUUUGUGUCCUCUAUGCUGGCUCCUGGCAGGAAGGUUGGGCCCCUGCUGCUACUGGCUCCUGGCCAAGGCCUGGCUCAGCCAGAACCAUGCUCCUGUGGCCGUGUGGAGGAGGCUGCGAGUGCUGGUCUUGCCUCGGGAAGUACUGACCAACCCUAGCCGGGCGUUGUCUGUCUGGCAUCUUGUGUGGGUGAACACUGCCUUCGGCUCUCCCAGUGGGCUGAUCCCUGUGCUAGCAGCCUGGGGAAGCUCCUGUCACAGUGUUAGUGUUGUCUCUUCCCCAUCUCCUUGCUGGUUUCUGAGGAAAGGCAGGGCAAGGCCCUUCAUGGGGUGCCAGCGCGAGGGGACCCUUCUCAGUGUGGGAUCCCCCUGCUGCCUUUGUGCCCCCUCGGCUUCCUGCCUGUGGCCUUCCCCACAUUGGGGCUCAGGUGCUGGGUUACCCAAAGUGCAUUUCACCGUGAAAAAUAAAGGUCCUGCAUGCCAGGCCAGCCCCUUGCAUACUGCGUCUGCUUUAUGCCCGCCCCGGCAAAAU